AUGGAAGAAGUUGUGGUUGUACCCGAAUGCUCUCAAGAGUUGAAGCCAUUUGCCGGACAAAUGUUUAAAUCACUUGAUUUUGCUGUUGCUUUUUACAAUGUGUAUGCUCGCGCCGUUGGUUUUGAUACCCGAAAGCAAGGAUUGAAGAAGGUGGACAAUGUUGCUACAUGGCAUUACGUAGUAUGCAGCAGAGCAGGGUUUAAAAAGUGCGAUGACCUAUCAGAUCAGAUUAACGCACGAAGUGGGUUCUCUAUGAAACGCAGAAAAUUAUCGAAGAGAUGUGGGUGUAAAGCUGGGGUAUCGUUCAAGUAUUUCUCUGAAGGAGGCAAUCCAGGUUACGUCGUCCACCAGUUUCAUGAGGUCCAUAACCAUUCUAUGGUCGAGGUUCAUCAUCAGCAUUUCAUGUCAAUCAAUCGAAAAUUGGAGGAGGUUCAUCAUAAAUUCAUACUUGACUGCUCUAGGGCUAAUAUAGGGCCGACUAUGACAUUCAAGGUUUUGAAAGAAGUUCUAGGUGGAUUUGCACAUGUUAGAUGCACUGUUGGUGAUAUCCGGAAUGCAUCUCGAGACUUGAAAGCCUACGCUCAUGGAUUUGAUGUGCAAAUGGUGUUGAAUGAUAUGGCUAGGAAGAAGGAAUUAUCUGACUCUUUCACAUAUCAUUACGAAGUCAACAAGAGUAAUCAGUUGGUCGCUUUAUUUUGGUGCGACGGUUUGUCAAAGAGGAACUACCAUAUGUUUGGCGAUAUUGUGGCGUUCGACUCAACCUACAAUACCAACAUGUACCGUAUCAUUUUUACGCCAUUUACUGGCAAGGAUAACCAUGGCAAACCAGUUACUUUUGCAGCUGGAUUGGUUUGCAGUGAGAAGACGGGCGCUUUUGCGUGGUUGUUCCAAAAGUUUAUUGAGUGCAUGGGGGUCGCACCGAAGAUGAUAGUAACAGACCAGGAUUUGGGUAUGCGAUCAGCCAUUGAGGAAAUCCUUGUAGGCACUAGACAUAGGUGGUGCAUGUGGCACAUCAUGUACAAAUUGGGCGCAAAGGUGCCUAAUAGGCUGUUGAAGGAUGAAAGUUUCAAAAAGGAGUUCAAUGGCUGUGUGUGGUCUGACCUUCUGGAACCCGAAGAAUUUGAAGAAAACUGGAAUACAAUCAUCGACCAGUAUUGCUUGGAAGAGGUGGAUUGGUUAUCGACGCUAUAUGAGCACCGUCAGCUUUGGAUACCUGCAUAUUUCAGAGAUUUUCCUCUUGGCUCGAUGAUUCGAACAACAUCAAUAUCAGAGUCAGAGAACAGCUUCUACAAAAACUUCUUGAAGCCGAGUGCCAAUAUUGCCGAAUUCUAUUUGAAUUUCAACAAUGCGUUGGAAUUUCAACGUAAUGGUAGAGCUAAACUGGACUACGAGGAUUCGACUAACAUUCCAAUAUGGGCGGCUGAUUUGCCAAUAGAGAGACAUGCAGCAAAAUUGUACACAGACAGUAUGUUCAGAGUAGUACAGGAAGAGAUUGUCGAUGGCCAUUUUCACUGUCGGAUUGCGUCCUUGUCUUCUACAGAAAUGCUUGAUUCGUACAAAGUUAGGGACCGGUACAGCAACACAUAUAGUGUGCGGCACGACAAGGAGGAGGAUUCUUACACAUGUGAAUGUAAAUUGCUUGGAAGGCAAGGAUAUCCGUGCAGCCAUCUUUUUAUGGUCUUCAAGAACAAUGGAUUGCAGUGUAUACCAGCGCAAUACUGCGAGGGCAGAUGGAUGAAAACGCCGUUAGCUAAGGCAGUCCAUGGGGUGAUCGAUGACACCUUACCUACGAUGUCCAUCGUGGAUGACCGUGUCACUCUUUCGAAUGAAGCGAUUGGAUUGUUUUAUGGUUUUCUGCGCAGGUACGAGAAAGACACAGGAGUAUUACGUUCGUUUAUAGAUGGGAUGAAACAAGUUGGAGAAUCUCUCAAAUCCGGAGCACCAAUUCCGUCUACAUCAGAAAAGACGAGAUUGUGUGAAGAAUACUACGGAAUUGAACGACCAGAAUCUGUUGAAGUUCACCCUCCAGAAGUGGUUAGAACUAAGGGGUCAUGUAGUGACAAGCCUAGCCGAAUGAUUUCUCAAAGGGACAAGGCUAUCAAGGAGGCGAGCAGACCACUUCGAAGAUGUAGGGCAUGCGAUGAGUUGUGUCAUCAUGAUACCAGAACCUGUCCAACACGCAUAGAUGCUGCCAAAGACAAUGAGAAGCGUAACGGAAAGAGGAAGUGUUAA